AUGUCAAAGCCUUUGAAUCCGCUCGCUAUUGCUAAGUUGCUCGGUCAAUCGAACCCCAAGCUCGACCACCUGGUUCGCUUCUUGAACACUGUGCGAGGCACCGACAAAGUGCUUAUGUUUAUCCAAUAUUGGUCCAAGAUUCUGAUUUGGUUCUUGAACAAACGAGCUGGUGGCCUUGCAGCCAAACGAAUUCAGAACUUGGCAUCACCCGUCAGCGACUUCCGUAUCCUGCUGCGUUACUACGGCCUGUUGCCGAUGGUGCAAUACAUGAACUACUUGGAAUACAACCCGCCAAAGACGUCCUUAGCACUCAACAUUGAACGCGUGCAGAACUUGUCCAUGAUCAUCUACUAUCCACUCGAGCACGUUUACUGGCUGGCCGCACACAACGUCUUGCCCGUCUCGGAACAAAAGACAAACUCCAUUGGUAUCUGGAGCUGUCGUUUCUGGGCCGCUUGGGUUGUCAUGGAAUACGGUCGGUUGGCCGAACAGUAUCGUCUCAUGAAGAAGCGUGAGACCGGAUUGUUGAAGCGGAUCAAGGCGGGUGAUAUCGAGACGGACGAGGAUCCAGAGGCCGAAAUGGCUUCCAUCAAGGCUGAACGGGCAUCCAUCUUUGUCAACACCAUGAUUAAUUCAGGAUACUUGCCACUCACGGUCCACUGGUCACUGGAGAAGGGUUUGAUUUCAGAUGCCAUGGUGGGUGUGUUUGGCGGAUUUGCAGCUGUCUUCCAGAUCUACGCUGCAUGGCGCGACACCGCUUAG